CAUAAAAAUUGAAAAAUCACCACAAACAAAAGAGAAAAUGGAAACCCUUGACCUAAAAGUAAGCAUCAAAGAGUGUUCUAUAGUUUAUCCAUCCCAAGAGACACAAAAAAAGUGUUUGUUCUUGACGAACAUAGACCAAAUCCUUAAUUUCAGCGUUGAAACACUCCAUUUCUUUCCACCCCAUAACCAUUUUCCACCCCAUGUGGUCAUUGAGAAGAUCAAAGCCACUUUUUCUAAGCUGUUAGUGCCCUAUCACUUCUUGGCUGGAAGGUUGAAGCUUAGCCAUGAAAAUGGCCGCUUGGAGAUUGACUGCAAUGGCGCUGGGGCUGGCUUUGUGGUGGCCUCAAGUGAUGUCUCUUUGGAUGAAAUUGGAGAUUUGGUUUACCCUAAUCCUGCCUUUCAGCACUUGGUUUCUAAGUAUUUGGAUGUCUUCGAGCCCGAUGAUCAACCUCUCGUCAUCGUUCAGGUUACUUCUUUCAAGUGUGGUGGCUUUGCCGUGGGCUUCUCAAUGAACCACACCACACUCGACGGUUUGAGCUUCAAGAUGUUCUUAGAUAACUUUGCAGCUCUUGCUGAUAACAAGCCCCUGGCUGUGACUCCAUGCCAUGACAGACGACUCUUGGCCGCACGAUCCCCUCCACGUGUCACUUUCCCACAUCACGAACUCCUCAAGCUGCACGCUCCACUGCCAGCCUCUCCGGACUCAUCAAACAUCUCAGUCUUCAAAGACACUCCACAAGACCUUGACUUCAAGAUCUUCAAGCUGACUGCUGCAGACAUCGCCACCCUGAAGCUCAAGGCACAGCCCGCCACCGGCAGCGGAGACGAAGGUCACGUUGGCAAGAAGACCCGCGUCAGUGGAUUCAAUGUUGUCACUGCCCAUGUGUGGCGGUGCAAGGCAUUGUCCUUCGACACAGAAAACAACCCUGAAAGAUCGUCCACGAUGCUCUACGCUGUCAAUAUAAGGUCGAGACUGGUUCCACCAUUGCCAAUGUCGUACUGUGGUAACGCAGUAUUGACAGUGUAUGCCACGGCUAAAUGCAAGGAGUUGGAGAACGAGCCGUUUUCGAGUGUGGUAGAGAUGGUGGCGGAGGCAGCGGAGAGGAUGACGGAUGAGUAUGUGAGAUCUGCCAUAGAUUGGGGAGAGCUAUACAAGGGGUAUCCAAAUGGGGAGUUCUUGGUGUCUUCAUGGUGGAGAUUAGGGUUUGCAGAGGUUGAGUAUCCAUGGGGGAAGCCAAGGUAUAGCUGUCCGGUGGUGUGUCAUAGAAAGGAAAUCAUAUUGUUGUUUCCAGACAUGAAAGAAAGUGGGAAGAACAAUGGAGUGAAUGUUUUGGUGGCUCUUCCUAAGAAGGAGAUGGAGAAGUUCCAAGCUUUGUUCAAGGAGUUUAUGGCUUAAGUGAUCAUGAGCUAUGAAUAUGAAUGAUGUAUGAUUAUGGACUAAGUUGAAAUCUAUAUACAAUGAAUUUAUAA